AUGGAAAAGGUGUUUAGGAUUAUUCCUUGUAGUGAGGGGAUCAAAGUGGUUUUUGCACCGCAGAUGAUGAAAGGUCGUGCAACAAGACGGUGGGAUAGUUCUUUGAACCUUAUGACCAACCAAGAGAUUCCAAUACACUCAGAGCACUUUAAGACCACUUUCUUGGAUAAGUAUUUCCCGAAUAGCUUGAGAACUCAGAAGGAGUUCGAGUUUCAACAACUCAGACAAGGUAUCAUGUCGGUGACUAAGUUUGUCGAGAAGUUUGAGAACAUGGUUGUAUACUUCAGGAAAAUUGUGUAUGCUUUAAAUGAGAAGUGGAAUGUGAACCAAUUUAUGUUUGGACUUAGAGUUGAGAUUACUCACAAUGUAUCUCAAAGAGAGUUUAUUACUUAUGCUGAAUUGUUGAGGCAAUGUUAUAUUGCUGAAGAUAGUUUGAAAAGAGUUUGA